CACUCCCUAAUUGGAGCAGAAGCCUUUUCCGCUCCCAUACAGCUAGCCUAUAUCUGAUCCUCUCUCAUCAGUUAGUCGUACGAUGCGUUUUUAAUGCAUUGGGAUUUUAAACAAUGAAUUAAGUUGGUGGCCCGUGACACGAGCUGAAUUGGAUCCGCUGCCUGCGCGGCGCCUCAGACGUGCUUGUGUUGCAUGAAGCCUUUCCAUCUCUCUCUCUCUCUCUCUCUGUCCUCCGGUUUACACUAAAGAUGACGGGGAGUUGCCGCUUCGUGAGCCAACCUCCACUCUUCAGGCUAAAUUGUGGCAUCCCUGAGAUCUUGUGUCACAGUCGUUGGCAGGAUCAGAGUUAGUGAUGUGGACUACUCUGGACUGCGGAUGCUGGGGGGUCUGCUGCUUGUCCCUGCUAGCGACUGUAGUCUGCGGGGCGCAAAGCGCCAGCGAACCUAGCAACAUGUCAUAUGUGAAAGCCACCGUGGACAAGCUGUUGAAGGGCUAUGACAUCCGUCUUCGGCCUGAUUUUGGAGGCGCCCCGGUGGAUGUUGGCAUGAGCAUAGACAUCGCCAGUAUUGACAUGGUGUCAGAAGUCAACAUGGACUACACCAUCACCAUGUACUUCCAGCAGUCCUGGAGAGACAAGCGUCUCUCAUACACAGGCAUUCCGCUCAACCUCACUCUGGACAACCGGGUGGCAGACCAGCUAUGGGUCCCUGACACCUACUUCAUUAAUGACAAGAAGUCCUUCGUACACGGGGUGACAGUGAAGAACCGGAUGAUUAGACUGCACCCUGAUGGAACCGUGCUCUAUGGUCUCAGGAUCACCACAACAGCUGCCUGCAUGAUGGACCUGCGCAGAUACCCACUGGAUGAGCAGAACUGCACCUUAGAGAUUGAGAGCUAUGGUUACACCACUGAUGACAUCGAGUUCUACUGGCAGGGAGGAAGCAAUGGAGGCUCAGUCACUGGGGUGGAGAACAUCGAACUGCCCCAGUUCUCCAUCAUAGACUACCAAACCCUCUCCAAGAAAGCUGUGUUUGCCACAGGUUCCUAUCCACGUCUGUCCCUGAGCUUUAAGCUGAAGAGGAACAUUGGCUAUUUCAUCCUGCAAACCUACAUGCCCUCCAUCCUGAUCACCAUCCUGUCCUGGGUCUCCUUCUGGAUCAAUUAUGAUGCCUCAGCUGCCAGAGUAGCCUUAGGUAUAACCACGGUGCUGACCAUGACCACCAUCAAUACCCACCUUAGGGAGACUCUACCCAAGAUCCCCUACGUCAAGGCCAUUGACAUUUACCUCAUGGGUUGCUUUGUCUUUGUCUUUCUGGCCUUGCUGGAGUACGCCUUUGUCAACUACAUCUUCUUCGGUCGAGGUCCUCACCUGCAGAAGAAGGUGGCCGAAAAGGCUGCGAAGUCUAACAACGAGAAUAAGAGCAGAGUGGAGAGCAACAAAGUGCAGGUUGAUGCUCAUGGCAACAUCCUCCUGACCAACCUAACAAGUGAGAUGGGUGCAGCAGACAUGAUGGGCGCUCUAAACGACCCUCGGGCUACCAUGUUCUCUUACGACAGCGCCAGCAUACAGUACCGCAAGCCCAUGACCAGCCGAGACCUGUACAGACGGCCGGCCAUUGAACGUCCAAUGGGCCACAAGGGCAGCUUGCGGAGGAGGGCCACGCAGCUCAAAGUCAAGAUCCCCGACAUCAUGGAUGUCAAUGCCAUAGACAAAUGGUCCCGUGUCGUCUUCCCAAUCACGUUCACCUUCUUCAACCUGGUCUACUGGCUUUACUAUGUCCACUAGGGCAGCAGUAGCGAGCCUUUGUGGCAGCAUCACUUCUCAUGAUUUGUUAGAAAAGCUACCUAGGUCUUGUACAGGGAUGAAAAUAGAGGAGCGUUCAGUCCAUUUGUAUAAAUCCUGUUUUGGAAUGAGUAGUACUGGAUGUCUUUGCAAUGUACAUUACAGACAUAGUAAAGGUAUGGUAUUUCUUAAGUCCAAACUUGCCAAAAAGACUUUGCUGACUCCAACAUUACAGGCAAUGAUCUUUGAUUUGUUCCAUCUCUUUUUCUUACCUUCUGACAUCUGGCCUUUGUGCAUGUGCAUCUUUUAUUUGUUUAUAAGGUCAACAAAAGUAAGGGAAGGCCAGUGCAAAAAUAGGUAACUAAAACAGUUUUUACAUGAUUGGAAGAAUUCCAUCGUAUUAAGGUAGCCCUUAUUUGGUCUAAGCGCAGUGCUCUGACUGAAGUCAUUUUUGUGGGAUUAGGUAUGUAAAGCCACAAAAUUAAAUUCAUUUUGCACUGUUUCUUUUCAUUUCUGUAAAACAAAAAGCUUUACAUGGCUCUACCAAGCCACUUUGUAUUAUAAUCAUCAUACUGUAUGCUUUCACUGCAUUUUUAAGGUAAGUACAGGACCGUUGUUAAUUGGAACUCCACUAAUUUCUCAAAAACAAAAUGUAGUUUGUACCUAUGUUAUUCUCACAACAUAUGUGAGCAAUGGCAUGUGCAAUGCAAUAGUCUUUGAAAGAAAGCAGUGGUAAAGAAUGGCCAAUGAUGUGACCAUGCUUUCAAAAUCAUAUUCAAAAUUUCAAGCCCUGAUAAAACACACUGCUGGUGUUGAAACACCUGGUGUUACAUACUAUUAUUGAACGUUUUUGUCAGAUACCUGAAGUUAUACUGUACAUAACUGUUUAUUUGUUUCAUAAUUAAAGGGCAAGUAUAAGGUCAA